AUGACGGACAAGCCAGAUGUCAUUGCGGCAAAAGUAGCUGGUUCACCAGAGCACGCCGUCAUGCCGACUAUCAUCACGUCGGAAGAGGAGGACGCGGCGGAAGAAAGACGUCCUCUUCAGGUUUCGACCAGCGUGGAGGAGCUCCUGAAGGAGUACGACAGGAGGCUCGGCCGGAUAGAGGCCUGGCACGCAAAGACCCAGGAAGUUGUUGCUGAACCAUCGCCUCGCCUUAGCAGUCCCGGUGUGCAAGUUCACGCUGCGCAAGUCCUUGGCGGAGGCGAUGCAUCCUUUACUAGCGGGCACUUCACCCUCAAGCGGGAGCUGACCGGCAGCAAAGUCGAUCUCGAAGAGCAAGCGGAGCUGGAUGACCAACAUCCCUUUAGCAGGAUGUGGAUGAACGCCAGGCUGCAGCACCAGGAGAUGUUCGACCAGGACCUCCUGCAGUCCAUCUACGAGAAGUCUGGACAGAGGGCACGCAACCGGGUUGCAGUCUUCGGAGGCGGCUUGAUGGGCAUUUUGUCCAUGCCUUUCGGGCCCAUUGGCAUGGCUGCGGGCGGACUCUUCGGAGCCUUGGUUGGUAUGCUGAUCGGGAUCUGCUUGGAUCGGCGGCGGUACAUGCAGAGCAUGAAGCAGUCCGAGAUAGAGACCCGACGCUUGAAAAGCUUAGUUCGCUGGUCUGCUGAGCGCUUUGCAGACGAGGAUGACCCCUUGGCUGCCGUGCAGCAUCUGGAGCUGGUUGUCUUGGAAUUCAAGCCUGUUGCAGACAUAGCCAUGGCCUCCAAAAAUGCGCGUCGCACCUUGAAGCUCUUGGACUCUUGGGCAGCCCGCCGAAGCAUGAUGCGCCAGCUCUGGGCCUACAUGGACAACAUCUUGAUCAACUGGAAGAAGUUGACGCAAGCAGAUUUCUUGCGCAAGAUACAAGAGUAUGUCUCGGAGACGUCGUUUGGCAUUCUCGACUGCACGCUCAAGCCUCUGCACCUUCUUUGCAGCGCAGCGCUGCGCUGUGUUCCGAUGGCAGCGCCAAAGAGCGUGGAGCAAUCCUCCGAAUGCCAUCGGAGCUCAGGAGGCUAUCCGGAUCCUUACACCUACAACGGCAAGGGCAAGGCGAUCUACAAUCCGCCCGUCGAGCUGCCGUCCUCAAGUGCCAGCAACUUCUUUGAGGAAGCAGGGGCAGGAGAAGCAGAGGAGACGGAAGCCCGGCGCAAGUUCAACAAGUUCUGCACGCAGCCAGAUGGCUCUGAGCCAAAAGCUCACCUGACCUAUGAAAGCUUUUGCCGGCUCGUGGCGCACUACGAGGCGGCAUCUUCCUCAAUGGUGCAGUCUUAUUUCUAUGCCAUUGACCGCAAGCGAGACAACAUGAUAGACUUCGACGAGUUUUUCCUGGGUGUCGUGGCGGGAGAUCCAACGACCGUGCACAUACUCAAUUCCUUCACUGGGAGAGAGAGGGCACAGUUCACGUUCGACUUCUACGACAUGAACCACUCUGGCCUUUUAGAGAUCGAGGAGUUUGAGCGAGUGGUCCGGGACUGCGCGCUGUCACAGCUUAGCCCCGAGCAGUGCAAAGGCACUGCGCUGGAGAAAGCAGAAGAGCUUGGCCUGAUGGACGACAGGCAGGAUGGUGGCUUCACGCCUCCUGACACAGGCAAGUUCUACGAGUUCAUUAUGACGGAGCGCUUGCGCGGCACUUCGCGGCUCUUCCGUUUCCAGAAGAGCCUCAUAAAGCCUCCACAGAGCCGGUCGCAGAAACGAGGUCCGCAAGCUUCGGUGGGGGCGGCGGGGCCCUUGGGGCACUUGGGGCACCCCACAGCCCUUUCGGAGCCUCAAAUGCCGAGCUCCUUCGUCCCCGCGGCCCCCACGGCCGCCCCCAGCCAACGCUCGGAGCGCUGCCGCCCCGAGCGCAGUGAGCGCCCGGAGGAGCGACUCCGGCCGCAGGAGUGCUUUGAGCUCCCGGAGGCCGGCCACAAGGAGGAUCCCAUCCCGGAUCUGACGACGGAAGAGCCGGGCAGCGAGCAGGACUCCGAGAUGAGCCCUUACAUCCUGGGCCUCGAAAGCGACGCCCCAAGCCCCGACGCGAAGGAUGUGUCUGUCAAUCUGCCUCCCUACGACGCGUACCUGCCGCCUGCGCCUGCGUGCCGCAUCGCGUUGGACGACAGCUUGGGCACUGCCGACGCCGUGCUUGCCGCGCAACGCGUCAUGGAGACGCUCAGCGUGGAAGACUUUCCAGGUCUCAUGCCUCCAGCGGAUGGAAGCUUUGUGCUCUUGACAUCUGCUGAGCUCGUCGACCUCUGCCGGGCGGUCCGCCCAAUUCUGGCGGAGGAGGAGAUGAUCAUUCCGAAAGUGGUAGAGCCCAUCAAGGUCUUUGGCUCACUGCAUGGUCAGCUCUGUGACCUUCUAUCGUGGUUUAAGUGGCACAAGCCACCAUCAGACGGGCCCAAAGGUGACCUGCAGUAUGUGAAUUAUGUUUUCCUGGGUGACUAUGCAGAUCGUGGAGGUUAUGGACUGGAGGUCAUCUCGAUCCUCUUUUCCCUCAAGGUGUUAUUUCCCCACCGUGUCUUUCUUCUUCGUGGUCAUCAUGAGAAUCGACAUGUGAACUACCACCUUGGCUUUCGGCAAGAAUGUGAAAGGCGAUUAGGUGCAGCAGGACUCGAGGUCUUUGAGUAUGUGAAUUCUGCGUUCGAUCACCUUUCCCUGGCCGCCCUAACCUGGAGCGGCUUCCUGGCGAUGGGGCCGGGCGUUGUGCCCGCAUCCUUGGCGGCCAUGGAUCAGCUCAACCUGUACCAGAAGCCGCUGUCGCUGCCGCAUCCGUCUCAGGCGAGCGAGUUGGCCAGCGAUGACACUGACAGUGAGCAGAUUUUGCUGGAGCUCUUCACGCCAAGCUCGCUUCUGUCUCGAGACCUGGGGGCGAGAACCGUGCUCGACGACCAGUCCCUGAAGGUAUUCUGUGCAUCUCAGAAGCUCAAGGGGGUCAUCUUCGGCCGCCAGAUCCUACCGCACGGGCAUUUGACGGAGAACGGCGUGAUCAGGGUGUGCUCUUGCCUGAACUACUGCGACCUGUUCCCGGGCAACCUGGCCUCCAUCCUUUACAUCAUGACCGACUUGGACUUGACAGCCUUGAUCAAACCGAAGGUCAUGACCAGCUUUCUGGACAAGCAUCACCACCUCUCCGACUGCCCAAACGGGGCAGUGCCUCGGCGAAGCAGCUCGCCAAGCCGCUGGCCCAAGCAGAUUCGCGCGCCAACCCCUGACCGCAUCAUUGCAGUUGAGCACAGCGAACGCACGGAAAGCAAGGCCGGUCCCCUCGUGCUCUUCCCCGCGUACAAAGCUUGCGUGCCGAAGAGGGCACGCCCGGGAUCCACCAUACCGGAUGGCAGACCAGCUCAAGGCAAGGGCCUUUCGACCGUUUCCCCGGCGGGAUGCUUUCCGCGAAGUACUGGGGAUCUCAAAGCCAUUGGUGUUUUCUGA